AAUCAAUUCUGUCGGACACUUGGUGUUGAAUUUCAGACCUUGGCUCGAAGUGUCUGCUUGAUCUAUAACUCUGGGUUAUUUACAGCUAUAGACAGCUAUAGAGGACUCUUCCAGACACUACGUUGCCAGCUUACUGAGUGACGCUCUUUCAAAAGCCAGUCUUAUUCUCAAAAUGGCUUCACAUCUCGCCAAUAUCUACGGUACGGAGCAGGAUCGAGUGAAUUGCUCCUUCUACCUCAAAAUUGGAGCGUGCAGACACGGCGAUCGAUGUUCCAGAAAACAUAUCAAACCUCAAUUCUCCCAAACCAUCCUCCUGCCAAACGUCUACAACAACCCAGGUCACACACCGGAAGGACAAGGCCUCUCACCGACAGAACUUCAAGCGGAUUUUGAUAGAUUCUACGAGGACUUUUACAUCGAACUGGCAAAGUAUGGCCACCUGUUAGAGAUGCACGUCUGUGACAAUGUUGGAGACCAUCUCAUGGGAAACGUCUACGCUCGAUAUGAAUGGGAGGCCGAAGCUUCGAAAGCGCUCAACGCUCUUAAUGAGAGAUGGUAUGCGAUGCGUCCACUACAUUGCGAGUUGUCCCCCGUCAGCGAUUUCAGAGAAGCCUGUUGUAGGCAAAACGAGCUGGGGGAGUGCAAACGAGAGGGAUUCUGCAACUUCAUGCACCUUUGCCAUCCUACAAAGACUCUUGUCUCCUCCCUUAAUGCUUCGCAGAGAUUAUCACGGAGGAACAAGAAGGCUAAUGGAGCGCCUGUUGACGAUGGGGAUCUAGGAUGGACACCCAGUGGAGCAGCGAGGGAUGAUGGACCGGGAGGAUGGGUUCCUCCAUCAGAUAGGAAUGGUGGUGAUUUAGGUUGGGUCCCUAGUCGAAGAUGAGAGUCGUUGUGAAACAGUUCCAAAAACAUCGGAGCAAACCCGCUGCUCUCGGUUCCUUAGGGUAGACGAACAUGCCAUGC